AUGGAGUCCUCGUAUCAGGGAGGUGUGUCGUUCGAAGAUAGGGACAAUAAUUUCCAGCGUCUGUCCCAAACCAUAGCAAGCAAUAUCAAAAAGAUUUCACAGAAUGUAUCAUCAAUGUCAAAGAUGGUCAACCAGCUGCAGACACCGCAAGAUUCCCAAGAACAUCGGAACCAACUGCGUCAAAUACAAAAUUAUAAUCAGAAACUAGCAAGGGAUACAUCAUCACUGAUCAUGGAACUGAUGAAGUUGCCAACUGAUCAGCCGGCUCACAAGAUGACCAGAGAACGCCUCAGAGAUGAAUACAUGAUCACACUGAAUUCAUUCCAGUCUACACAAAGGCUGGCAGCUCAGAAGACCAAAGAAGACGUAAGAAAGGUGAAGGCGCAGUCUGCUAGCAUCAACAUCGGAGAUCCGUUCGCUAUUUCAGGUGACAGCAGCAAUAAGGAAUUGAUGGAGAUGGGUGAGCCGACGUUGCGCGAACAGGAGCAGGUCAUGCAAACUGAACGCUCGUUGGUCGAGCUGGAGGAGCGCGAAAGAGAUAUUCGACAGCUUGAGAGCGACAUAAUGGAUGUGAACCAAAUCUUCAAGGAGCUUGGAACAAUGAUUCACUCGCAGGGAGAAGUAGUCAACUCGAUUGAGUCCAGUGUGGAGUACGCAACGGUGAACGUGGAGAGUGGCACGCAGGAACUCCGGGAGGCUGCUAACUAUAAGAACAAGCUGCGCAAGAAGAAAGUGUACCUGUUCCUAGCGCUGAUCAUCGUAGUCUCGAUCAUACUCAUCAUUAUAUUCCACAAGUGA